CUAUGUUAUCAUGUGUUAAAUUAGGAUUCUGUUACUGUUUUCCGAUCUCUCUCUCUCUCUCUCUCUCUCUCUGUGGCAUGAGAUUCUGUAUCGAGUUUCAGAUUCAGGUUGAGUUCUUCACCCAGCGUCCUGUUCAAUUAUAACUUGUAACAGAGAUUACAGCAAUUAGCAAUUAGCAAACUUUGAUAAUGGCAGACCUGAAAGAUCCACUUCUCCCUCCAAAACUGGCAACGACCAUCAAUGUAAGAGAGGCUGUGAAUCGGCCUAUGGGUGCCGGACGGCAGCUGUAUCAAGGAGUGGAUGUUCUUGAGCUGAAGAAGAGAGGGCAGAGUCUUCGGUCGUGGAUACGAGUUGACAUGUCAGGAGACUCGCAGAUAAUUGAGGUAGACAAGUUUACUAUGAUGAGGCGUUGUGAUCUUCCAGCGCGCGAUCUUCGCCUAUUGGAUCCACUUUUUGUCUAUCCAUCAACAAUCCUUGGAAGGGAAAAAGCUAUUGUUAUCAACUUAGAACAGAUAAGGUGUAUUAUUACGGCCGAGGAGGUUUUUCUCCUGCAUUCCUUGGACAGUUAUUCAUGGAACUAUGUGAUGGAGCUACAACGACGAUUAGCAUCGACCAGUGUUGGCGAGCCAGGAGAUGCGUGGCAGUCAGACAAUUUUGAGGUGAACCGGAGCAGAGGAAGUAGAAAUUUUGAUAAUGACUUUAGGAAUAACUCGUCCCCGGAUUAUUUGCCAUUCGAGUUCAGGGCACUGGAAGUUGCAUUAGAGUCAGCAUGCACAUUUCUUGACUCUCAGGUGUCUGAGUUAGAAAUUGAGGCUUAUCCGUUGUUAGAUGAACUAACAUCUAAAAUCAGUACUCUGAAUUUGGAGCGUGCUCGUCGGCUGAAAAGCAGACUCGUUGCCCUGACUCGUAGGGUUCAGAAGGUUAGAGAUGAAAUAGAGCAGCUUAUGGAUGAUGAUGGUGAUAUGGCUGAGAUGUAUCUUACUGAGAAGAAAAGGCGAAUGGAGUCAUCAUUCUAUGGAGAUCAGUCUUUGUUUAAAUCAAUUGAUGGCGUAUCCAUAUCUGCUCCGGUUUCUCCUGUUUCGUCGCCUCAGGAUUAUCGGAAACUUGAAAAGAGCAUGAGCAGUGCUAGGAGCCGACAUGAGAGCACGAGAAGUUCUGAUAGUGCUACAGAAAGCAUAGAAGAGCUUGAGAUGUUACUAGAAGCAUACUUUGUAGUAAUUGAUAGCACUCUAAACAAGUUGACAUCAUUGAAAGAGUACAUCGACGACACAGAAGAUUUCAUCAACAUUCAACUGGAUAACGUUCGGAAUCAGCUCAUCCAAUUCGAGCUGUUGCUCACAACAGCAACAUUUGUAGUUGCCAUCUUUAGUGUUGUAGCAGGAGUAUUUGGGAUGAAUUUUGAUAUCUCAUUAUUUAGGGUUCCUAAAGCAUUUCAGUGGGUUCUUAUAAUCACAGGAAUUUGUGGAGUCCUCAUAUUUAGUGCAUUUGUGUGCUUCUUCAAGUACAGAAGACUCAUGCCCCUUUAGAAUAGAGAUAUUUUAGCUUUAGUUAUCACACCAUCAAGAUGGAUAGGUAGUAUUUUGGUACACACAAUUGUGAAUUUCAACUGAAAAGUUAGACAAUGUUAAAAGCAAUUCUUUCAAUUCAUUUAUGCAUCAUCAAUUGUAAGUGGUUCUUUUCUUUAUUAUUUAUGAUUUAGACAAAAUUGUAUACUAAAACAAAGUAGUUAAAUUUACAUAGUGUUAUUG